AUGGCAGCGGGACUAGCUUACUCUCCGGUCCAUAAGCGUUUUUUACCUGAGGGUGUCCCUAAUGAAAUGAAUGCCUCAUCAACUGGCAGCAAUGAUCUAACUCCUGCCGGAGAUGUAGACGGCCCGUACGAGACCUUGGAACGACCCUUGGCGGCAAUGAGAACAAAUCGAGAUGACCACCCGUUGCAACAAGGACGCCGAUGCCGAGAUAAACCAGUCACCAUCAGCCUCUUCAGCCUCCUUCUUAUUCCUUUGUUUCUAGGAAUCCUCCUCCUCAUGAGCCAUACCUGCAGCUGGCAUUUGUCGGACAGCUUGUACAAUGUGGUAGAUGAAUAUCGGUCAACCGUCCAGAUAGUUGUUCAAAUUAUUUCCGCCGGGCUGGCAGCCAUCGAGGCCCUGGCUCUCUGUCGACUAAUCAACCUGGCAACUCGCAUCCGUUUCACCAGAGCGCCGGUCACACUCGAUGUUCUUGGCUUCUGGUCUGCUCUCUCUACCGCCACCACGCCCUGGUACCUUCCCACCUGGAUGAUUGUUGUCACCAUACUAGUCUGCAAUCUCUCCGCCGUGUUUUCUGCUCUAUGGACUGGUGCUCUUACCCCGGUGAGUACCGUUGGCCUUCGAGGGAGCACCAUCUACUUACCCGACUGGUCCAACCUUUCUCUCAUCAAAGAAUACCCGAGCCAGAUAGACGAGACUGGCUUGAGCGUCCGUAACGCCAAAGGCUACUUCACCUACUCGGUUGGGUUAGGUCUGCUCAAUUCUUUGCUAGCUUCAGCCAGUUCUGCCUCAACCGUCGACGGUGGCACCCGCAACCACAACAAGCUCGACUAUACCCGCUACAGUUAUCAUGGUCGGUCCUACGGCGCAGGGGCCAGUCCCGGUCUCUCUGACUUGGCUGUUCCCGCUAUAAGCCAUGCACCCAACUAUACAUACCGCGAAGAUAAUCUCGAGGCCUCUGUGUCUUGCAUACACAACGGUAGCUCACUGUUUCAUCUUGGGAAGACCGACGAACAAAAUCUAUAUGCCGCCACAGGGUAUCUGCCAGAUAGUACUGUUGCGGAAUAUUCCGUCUAUGUGGGCUGGAGCGAGCACCCGAUUGUCUCCAUCGGAGUGGCUCACCACCCCUCCCCGUUUACAGAUAAGCUGUACAUGGCCAUCGCGGCGGGUAGCGAUUACGCAGCUUUGAACAAGGCCCAGUGCACCGUCAACUUCACACCGGCCUCAUUCAAUAUCUCCGUCGAUAUCCAGAAACGUAACAUCACCGUUCGCAAAGAAGCAACUUCCGCAUCGGCCAACUCGAUCCGCAACAUCGACCCCGACCAUACGGUAGCUUACGUCGUCAUGCGCCAGCUGGAGCUCAUCGCCAACGACCUGACAAGCUUCUAUCGCUCGGUCCUGGGUGACGCUUUCAAUGCCAGCAUCAGCGAUUUCCGCACGGCUGUCGCGAACCAAAUCACGACGAGUAAUACUCUGCCGGAAUCACAAAUAGUUAUGAGGGGGCUUGAAAAUGCCGUGGUCUCCUUGGUCGAUGACAUGCUUGUCGGCUAUGCGUCGGCGCAGAUGAUGGUUGGCAGGUUUACGGCCCCCGUGUCGGCGGAGGUUGGUGUAUCUGCACUUCAAGUCGGGUCUCAGGUUUACAUAAUAGCCAGCGUGACAUUAGCAGCUGUGAUUGCCUUGUUGAUAGGUAUAGAAGCUGUCCGCAUGCGAGGAUGGGGAGCGCUCCCGGCCUUUGAUUACCUCGAUCAGCGAAUGCUCAUUCUCGGUGUCUCUCGGGGAGGCCAAGGGAUCGCUAAAUAUGCCCAAGACAGAGAGUGUAAAGACUAUGGAAGUGUGCCUGUCAUGUGGAAUGCAGGGGGGUCCUGGAGAGCAUGGAGAGGUCACUAUCCAAGAUUUCGUGAUAAAGGAAGGAAAGUGGUGAGCUUUUGGUGUUUUAUGACACGGAUAGACGUUCAUAAUAAUAGCGUUACGGGUAGAUCGAGUGAGUGGUCGGGAUGGACGGGUGCGUGCGCCGAUAAGGCCAUUUUUGACUUCCUCAGCACAAAUGCAAACUGUUAUGGCGAAGAAUUACAAGUGCAUUGGAUUCCAUGUACGUUAUGCCUAAUAAUAAUGGCGGGACCGGACUAA